GGCGUCUCUUCCCCCUGUGCCCGCUGCGCCCGCUGCACCCGCUGUACCCGCUGUGCCCGCGCUGCCGCAUCCGUUGCCGCUGCUGCUGGACGCGGGAGACGCCGGCGAGGUGGUGAUUGGAGCCCUGCGGAGAGCCUCGAGCGGCCAGCUCUGCGUCAGGAGCCCAGGCUGCCCUGUCCCCCGUUCUCGCUGCCCGCGUGGAGCCAUGAGCUGUGUCCUGAACGGCGUCGUCCCCCUGGGGCUGGUGUUGCUGGUCUGCGGAGCCCAGGGCUUCUUCCUGCGCAACGUCACACACCUGGAGAAGCUGCUCGGCAGGUACCAGCAGGACGGGCCGCACUCCCGGGGCCGCAGGGCCCUCCCCGGGCCGGACAAGGAGGAGAUCCUGUCUCUGCACAACCAGCUGCGGGGCCAGGUGUACCCCGCGGCCUCCAACAUGGAGUUCAUGACCUGGGAUGAAGAGCUGGAGAGGUCGGCGGCGGCGUGGGCCCAGGAGUGCAUCUGGGAGCACGGGCCUACCGGUCUGCUGGUGUCCAUCGGGCAGAACCUGGGCGUACACUGGGGCAGGUAUCGCUCCCCUGGCUUCCACGUGCAGUCCUGGUACGACGAGGUGAAGGACUACACCUACCCCUACCCCCACGAGUGCAAGCCCUGGUGCCCCGAGAGGUGCUCGGGGCCCAUGUGCACCCACUACACUCAGAUAGUCUGGGCCACCACCAACAAGGUCGGCUGUGCUGUGAACACCUGCCAGAAGAUAACUGUCUGGGGAGAAGUUUGGGAGAAUGCGAUCUACCUCGUCUGCAAUUACUCUCCAAAGGGGAACUGGAUUGGAGAAGCCCCCUACAAAAACGGCCGGCCCUGCUCCGAGUGCCCGCCCAGCUACGGCGGCGGCUGCAAGAACAACCUGUGCUACCGAGAAGAGACUUACGACCAAAAGCCUGAAACGGACGAGAUGAACGAGGUGGAAGUGGCCCCCAUCCCUGAAGAGAAGCACGUCUGGGUCCAGCCGAGGGUCGUCAGACCCUCGAAGCCCAAGAAGACCCCUGCCGUGAACUACAUGACCCAAGUUGUCAAGUGUGACACCAAGAUGAAAGACAAGUGCAAAGGGUCCACGUGCAACAGGUACCAGUGCCCAGCAGGCUGCCUGAACAACAAGGCGAAGAUCUUUGGGACUCUCUUUUACGAAAGUGCGUCCAGCAUCUGCCGGGCAGCCAUUCACUACGGCAUCCUAGAUGACAAAGGGGGCCUGGUGGACAUCACCAGGAACGGGAAGGUCCCCUUUUUUGUCAAGUCUGAGAGGAACGGUGUGGAGUCUUUGAGCAAAUACAAGUCUUCCAGCUCCUUCACGGUGUCAAAAGUGAAAGUGCAGGACCUGGACUGCUACACCACCGUCGCUCAGCUCUGCCCAUUUGUGAAGACGGGGACCCAUUGCCCAAGAGUUCAUUGUCCAGCGUACUGCAAAGAAGAGCCGUCCUACUGGGCUCCCGUGUAUGGGUCCAACAUCUAUGCAGAUACCUCGAGCAUCUGUAAGACCGCCGUGCACGCGGGAGUCAUUGAGAACGAGAGCGGGGGCUACGUGGACGUGAUGCCCGUGGAUAAGAAGAAGACCUACGUGGGCUCGCUCAGGAACGGCGUUCAGUCUGAAAGCUUGAGGACCCCUCGAGAUGGGAAGGCCUUCCGGAUCUUCGCUGUCAGGCCGUGAAACUCCGGUGCCGGGGAGAAGGGGGCAUCUUCAGGAGGGCUUUGGGGGUGUGCUUUUUAUUUUUAUUUUGUCAUUUUGGGGGUGGGCUGGGGAUAAGGAGAGUCAGGAAACUUCCUUGAGUGGCAUUCAGUGUCACAUCCUUCGUGCCUUUGUCUCAUCUCCACGCCGUGGAGAAACAGCAUCCUUGGGUCCUGACCAGACAACUGGUGGGCAGUCCUGUCUACACCUGGGGGUCUCCAC